UCUAGAGCCCAUCUUAUUCUAUACUCAAUUAAAAUUUAAUAACUCAAUCAAUCACUUGCCACCUCAACUGUCUCUUCUUCCAGCUCUUUCCCUCUUCUUUUAUGUACACCUAAGUCUCUCAUUAUAAUACCCUAAACUGAACAACCAACACAUCCAGAUUCACGAUCUUAUAGCUUCAAUUUCGACUUCAUCCAUGGCUAUGGCUAUGGCUAUGGAUUUCGAUGACUUCCUUGACCUCCAAUUCUCCGGCUACAGCUCAACCACCACCACCACCACUACUGCCACAACCCCCACCACUUCCGACGACGGCCAACCCUAUAACUGGAAUGACUGGUCCCCGGUUGUCGAUUGGGAGGCUUUAUCAGGCGGCCAUGAAGAUUUUCAGGACCUUAUCGAUUCAAUGAUCGACAAUUCUGGAUUAAACGCUGCUCUAGUUGAUAGUGAAACCAGUAACUCCUCCGUUGACACCACCAUGGCCGUGGAUGAAGAAACCAACGGCGAAGAUUUCAAGGGCUUGAGGUUGGUCCAUCUCUUGAUGGCCGCAGCCGAGGCUCUAACUGGCGUUAACAAGAGCCGUGAAUUGGCUCGAGUGAUAUUGGUUCGGCUCAAGGAGUUGGUGUCCCCAAACAACGGCACCAAUAUGGAAAGAUUGGCGGCGUAUUUUACAGACGCCUUGCAAGGUUUAAUAGAAGGCUCCAGUGGUGCGCAUGGUAAACACCUGAUAACCGAAGGGCCGCACCACCAUCAUCACCGUGACGAACAUCAUCAAAACGACGUGCUUGCUGCGUUUCAGCUGUUGCAAGACAUGUCACCUUAUGUAAAGUUCGGCCACUUCACGGCCAAUCAGGCGAUUCUUGAAGCCGUAGCCAAUGACAGGAGAGUCCACAUAGUUGACUAUGACAUAAUGGAAGGGAUCCAAUGGGCUUCCUUAAUGCAAGCUUUAGUUUCCAGAAAGGAUGGCCCACCAGCCCCACAUCUUCGGAUCACUGCCGUAUCAAGAGGCGGAAGUGGGCGACGGUCAAUCGGGACCGUUCAAGAAACAGGUCGCCGUUUGGUUGCAUUUGCAGCAUCAAUUGGUCAACCUUUUUCUUUCCAUCAAUGUAGGCUGGAGUCUGAUGAGACAUUUAGACCUUCAACAGUAAAAUUGGUCAGAGGAGAGACAUUGAUUGUGAAUUGUAUGUUACAUCUCCCACACUUUAGUUACCGAGCACCUGAUUCGAUUUCUUCUUUUCUAUCGGGAGCCAAGAGCUUAAACCCAAGACUAGUAACUCUAGUGGAAGAAGAGACAGGACCCAUUGGAGAUGGAGGGUUUGUGGGACGUUUUAUGGACUCAUUGCAUCAUUAUUCAGCGGUUUAUGAUUCAUUAGAGGCAGGGUUUCCAAUGCAGAACCGAGCCCGAGCUUUAGUGGAAAGGGUGUUUUUGGGGCCCCGAAUAUCCGGGUCAUUGGCUCGGAUGUACCGAACCCAUGGAGGAGAGGAGAGUUGCUCAUGGGGUGAGUGGUUGGGUGGGAUGGGGUUUAAGCCUGGUGAUAUAAGUUUUGCCAAUCAUUGCCAGGCGAAACUAUUGUUAGGCGUAUUCAAUGAUGGGUACCGGGUGGAGGAAGCGGCAAAUAAUAGGCUGGUUUUGGGAUGGAAAAGUAGGCGUUUGCUGUCAGCUUCUGUGUGGAUUUGUUCGUUGGAUUCUGAAUUGUAGAAAUUGUUUGUUUCUUUCCGCAUUGUAAAAAUUGUUUGUUGGUUUGUUUGGUAUUACCUUUCUAAUAAGCCCACUAUUUGUAUUGUAUAAUAAGCGCCAGAUCGGCUUUAUGUUGAUAUGAACGGCUUGUACGAAA